UCAAUGAACGGUGGAAAGAUGGCGACAGCAUACGCACAAGCGAGAGUCAACUGUGCCGGCGGAUAGAAAGUGCUAUAAAGAGACAAAAUCCACCUCCUUUGCAUAGAUUUACCAGUGCAAAGUGUGUUUGAUGUAGCUUAGAAUGGUAUAGUCCAUGCAUAGCUUGAAAUAAGGAGCUACCGCUUUGUUAUGGAGCCGCCGGAUCGGAACAAGCCCAGCAGGCAGGCCAAGCCAGCAGAAGAUGCAUCCCUACAAGGCCAAGAAGUGGAUGAAUCCUGUGACUCUCCCAGUGAGGAAGAGGAAGCUCUGUAUGGGACAUCACCUCCAUAUAACCCCCGUCAGAUGAAACGCAUGUCUGGCAAACACCAAAGGAGCAGUCAGGGGAGGAGUGCCGGUCGGUCUCCAAGCAAAGCCGACGUCAGCUCAUCUGCCGUUAGGGACAGUCACAAGGUAAUGGAGACCUCUGAGGAACAGAGCUACAAACAGGGCAAGAAACAGAGGGCCACACUGCGCUCCACAGAAAGAGACCACAAGAAGACAUUUGAGGGUUCCUUCAUGCUGGAUCCAAUCUCAAAGUCAAGCCAUUUUGGUGCCCUCAGCAUGGAUCCCAGGAAGCAUUACUUGAGUUUGGGCUGCAGUAGUCGCAAUCUUCCUGUAUCCAUGCCCCAUAUUGCCCGGACCCAUCGCCAGACCUCCAGGACAGACUGUCCUGCUGACCGUGUCAAAUUCUUUGAAACUUUGCGUCUGUUGCUCAAGCUCACAUCUAUGUCCUCCAAGAGGAAAGAGAAGGAGCAGAGAGGCUUGGAGAACAUGCCUUACAUGGAUCACAACAACGAGGUUAUUUGGCUGGAGCUGCAGGCGUGGCAUGCACGACGUUCCAUCAGUGACCAAGACCUUUUUCUUUUCACUGCUCGCCGAGCUAUCCCCGACAUCAUCAACGAGGUGCUGCACUUUAAAGUCAACUACGACAGCCUGAGAGGGGCUCAGUGUUCAAGGUCUCAAGCAAUUCAGGAAGACUGUCAAAGUGUCCCUCACCUAGUCUGUGAAGAGAAAAGGGAGCCUGCUGUAGCAGAGACCAACCACUGUGGAGUAGAUCUCUGGGGCUUUAGUGCUUGCCCCUCAUCAACAAUGAAUGCAGCAGAGCCUCUGGGGUCUGGCGCGGAUUGCAGGGAGCAUCUUCAACGUCAGCGGCUGUCAUUUGAGCAGGUCAAGCGUGUUAUGGAACUGUUGGAGUCUGUGGAAGCUUUAUAUCCCUCUUUGCAGGCCUUACAAAAGGACUAUGAAAAGUAUGCAGCACGAGACUUUCAAGGCAGGGUGCAGGCGCUCUGUCUGUGGCUCAAUAUCACCCAGGACCUAAACCAGAAGCUGCGCGUUAUGGCCACUGUGUUGGGCAUCCAUGAUUUAUCCCGUAUUGGGUGGCCCGUCUUUGAGAUCCCUUCACCUCGCUGCUCUCGCGGAAAUGAAGAUGAAGAAAACGAGGAAGAUGAUGAGAAUGACUCAAUAGCCACUUUUGUCACAGAAAGUGAUGGAGAGGACAGGGAUGCUGAGGACGACGAAGAAGUGGGUACUGUCACUGAGGGAGAGAUGUCUCCCACCCUGACUCCUAAAUUUGCCCGAUUGUUGUCUGAAGAUGAGUUUCUUCCAAAUGCUACUUCAGGAAGUGCAGAAGCAUCUGUGGGAGGGGGAGUAUUCUGUCCCACAUCCAUCUACAGACCAUUUGUGGAUAAAGCUCUAAAACAGAUGGGGCUGCGUAAACUGAUCCUCAGACUGCACAAACUGAUGGAUCGCUCUCUUCUGAGGUCCAGAGCAGCGCUGCUCCGCCACACUCUUGCACUAGAGUUUGCAGACUUUGCAGACCCAAUGCUGUACAGCGAUUACCUGCCGGAGCUGUCACGUCAGUGCAGCAGUCCUGCUGACCAAGAGCUCGGAGCAGAUCAGGUAUCCUGGGCAGAUCUGAUGGACAUGGACCUACCAUCCUUCCGGCCAGCAUUCCUCGUGCUGUGUAGAGUCCUCCUCAAUGUCAUUCACGAAUGCCUUAAACUGCGACUUGAACAGAGGCCUGCGAGAGCCUCGCUGCUCAGUAUCAAACAGGCAAGCAGCUUGGUACGUGAGUGUAAAGAGGUCCUUAAAGGUGGUCUUGUGAUGAAGCAGUAGUAUUAUCAGUUCAUGCUGCAUGGCGUGGUGACUGAUGCUCAGGGCUUGCAAAUAAAUGCCAAUAUUGAUAGUUUUGAAGAAGACCUUCACAAGAUGUUAGUGGUUUACUUUGACUACAUGCACAGCUGGAUUCAGAUGUUGCAGCAGCUGCCUCAGGCCUCUCAUAGCUUAAAGAACCUGUUGGAGGAGGAAUGGCACUUCACCAAGGUCAUCACUCCCUACAUCCGUGGAGGAGAAGCCCAGUCUGGGAAGCUUUUCUGUGACAUUGCUGGGAUGCUGCUCAAAUCCACUGGAGAAUUCCUCGAUGCUGGCCUGAAAAAGAGUGAUAAUGAAUUCUGGGAAAGCGCGGAUGACAGCACUGCCUCAGAUGAGAUCAGGCGGUCUGUAAUUGAGACUAGUCGGUCUCUUAAGUCGCUGUUCCACGAGGCCAGGAGCGAGCAUCUAAGGCUCUGCGGCUUUGCCAAAAUGCUGCGUAAGGACUUGGAGGUUGCUGCAGAUUUCAGUAUCACUAACGGGGUUUCUUGUCUCCUGGACGCACUGAAGAAAAGAAACUAUGUCAAGGUUCAGAUACCGGGCUUGGAAGAACUCCAAGUUUUUGUCCCGUGUGCCUUGAUGGAUCAGCGUCCUGUCAUCCUGCAGCUUCUUAAUGCUGCUGCUGGCAAAGACUGUUCCAGAGAGCCAGAUGAAAUUGCUAAUGAGGCCUUCCUGCUCAUGAGUAAACACAAAGCUGGGGAAUCCACUACUGAUUCUGAUUGGGCUCAAUGGGAUGGAGAGCUUCUCAAACUUGUCCCACAGAUGGAAACUGUUGACACUUUAAGGGCCAUGAAGGUAGAGAACAUGCUGUUGAUUGUGAUGCAGUCAGCUCAUCUAGUGGCGCAGCGAAAGGCCUUUCAGCAGUCCAUGGAGGAUGUGCUACCCCACCGAGAGCAAACAUCCAGUCAGCUCUUAUGCUGGCGCUCUGAAGAGCUCAAGAACGAGGCACUGCAACUAUGCAUUAAGAUAUUCCACGCCAUUGACCGAGUGGAGGACAUGUUUACCACGGAGUUUGAGGCAGAGAUCGACGAGUCAGAGUCAGCCACCCUGCAUCACUACUAUAGAGAGGCGAUGACUCAGGGCUACAACUUUGCCUUUGAGUACCACAAGGAGGUGGUGCGCCUGAUGUCAGGAGAGUUCAGACAGAGGAUCGGGGAUCGUUACAUAGCUUUUGCCCGCAAGUGGAUGACCUAUGUCCUGACUAAAUGUGAGAGUGGCAGGGGCACCAAACCCAGGUGGGCGACUCAGGGUUUUGACUUUCUUCAGGCUAUUGAGCCUGCCUUUAUCUCAGCAUUACCAGAGGAUGACUUCCUGAAUUUUCAAGCCUUGAUGAAUGAAUGUAUUGGACAUGUGAUUGGAAAACCUCAUAGCCCGGUGUUUUUUCUUUUCAGGUUCCAGGAAUAGCCCUCGUACUGGAAAAUUGAUGGCCGCUGCCAUAGCGACCCACCAAACCCCCCUCUGAUCAUCCCUAAUGCUGAAGGCUUCAGCUCUCGAAGUCUCCCCUGUGAUCUCCGGAACCAGCUGUUCCCAAACGGCCCUCGCCCUGUCCCUCAGGGGCCAGGGGAACAGAGCCACAGCAAAGCACCCGGCAGCCCCCCCAAUGACGCCAGGGGAUCCAGUUUCCAUGAGAAUGACCGUCUGUCAUCAGUUGCAGCAGAGUUGAAUUUCAGAUCCCUGAGCCGCCACUCAAGCCCCACAGAGGACAGAGAAGAACCUUCAUAUCCUAAGGGAGACCCUAACAGUGCUUCACGCAGAAGCUGGGAGCUCCGCACCUUCAUCAGCAGUCCAAGGCAGGCGGCAAAGCCCCAUGGAGGCUGUCCGCGCUCCAUUCGCAAGUUUGAGGAACGCUACGCUAUGAUGAAGCAGCGCAACAUCAUCGGCCAGGUGUGCCACACACCCAAGUCAUACGACAACGUCAUGCAAGUUGGGCUCAGGAAGGUGACCUUCAAGUGGCAGAGGGGCAACAAGAUAGGUGAGGGCCAGUAUGAGGUGUAUACUUGCAUCAAUGUUGACACUGGUGAGCUGAUGGCCAUGAAGGAGAUCCGAUUCCAACCAAAUGAUCACAAAACAAUCAAGGAGACUGCGGACGAGCUGAAACUAUUCGAAGGCAUUAAACACCCGAACCUGGUGCGAUACUUUGGAGUGGAGCUUCACCGGGAGGAGAUGUACAUCUUCAUGGAGUACUGUGAUGAGGGGACUCUGGAGGAGGUGUCCAGGCUGGGGCUGCAGGAGCAUGUCAUCAGGCUUUACAGCAAACAGAUCACUAUAGCCAUUAAUGUCCUCCAUGAACACGGCAUUGUUCACCGGGAUAUCAAGGGAGCCAACAUCUUUCUGACAUCAUCAGGCCUGAUUAAAUUGGGUGACUUUGGCUGCUCAGUGAAGUUGAGAAACAACACUCAUACAAUGCCAGGAGAGGUGAACAGCACUCUGGGAACAGCAGCAUACAUGGCACCUGAAGUUAUCACCAGAGCAAAAGGAGAAGGACACGGACGAGCAGCUGACAUUUGGAGUUUGGGUUGCGUCCUUAUUGAGAUGGUGACCGGAAAGAGGCCCUGGCAUGAGUAUGAGCACAACUUUCAGAUCAUGUACAAAGUGGGCAUGGGCCACAAACCUCCCAUCCCUGAGAAACUGAGCACGGAAGGGAAGGACUUCCUCUGUCACUGUCUGGAGAGUGAACCCAAACGGCGCUGGACAGCUAGCAUGCUGCUAGACCACCGUUUGUUAAGGUCUGCACGGAUGAAGAAUAAACGAAACCUCCUGUGUGGCUUUAAAGUUUACAAAUUAAAGCACUACUGUACAUGUUCAUUAAGAAAAGAGAACUGUGGACACGGAGAAGCAGGGGGUUACUGCUGAAGGCACAUGGAUUUAAGCUGAGGAACUAAUAGAGUGAUUUCCAGUGAGAAGCUGGCUCUGUAUAGUAUUGAUUUGUUAUGUCUUUAUCUGUGGACCAAGAACAGGUGGUCCUGUACAUAGUGUAAAAGUUAAAACAAGAAUUAGUAAAAAAUUCCUGUAACAUUACUGUAAAGUUAAACGUCAUUGGCGAUUGGCCACACCUAUUUGUUCCCACUGGUGAAUAGACCUCUGAAAAGGCAUUGAGAAAUAUUUUUUUCUUUUUAUUAAACAAAUGGGACUUGGGGAUGGGGUGGGGUCUAUAGCACUUUUAAACUGUUUACCCAUGGGGGCAGUGCAGUUAUCAUUUGUUUGUCCCUCUGAGACUGAAACGGUUGUGGUAUCUUAUGAACUAAACCAUCCACAUAUAAUAACCAAGGUUAUCACUUGCCAUUUGGCGAGUAUGGGCACUGGGAAGGUUUAUUUUUUUUUUAUAUUAUUGGUUUUUUCCUUUGCCUUUGUUGAGAAGAAAUUUUCAAGUUGGAGCAAUGUUAAAGUCCACGGGCUGCCAGUGAAGAGCUGUUCAUGUGUCUGAGGCUCAACCAACAAGAGGAGAACGGGGUCUGCUCUUCCACCUGCUGCUGAACAUAAAACAUCCUCACAGCCAAACACAAGACACUGACAAUUGUCAAAGACAAUUUCUCGUUCUCUGCUGCUUUCACAGUGUUUGCCAUGUACAAACGAUUAA